AUGCCCUUCCCCUCCAAAACAACCCUCGUUACAGGCGCGACCUCCGGCAUAGGCCUCGCCCUCGCUGAGCGCCUAAUUGCAAACGGCACCUAUGUCAUCGCCGUAGGCCGCCGCAAAGACCGCCUCGACGCCCUCGUCUCCGCCCACGGCGCCGAUAAAGUCGCCGCAGAGCCGUUUGAUAUCGCUGACCUCGAGGCCCUGCCGGCUUGGGUCGAGAAAAUAACAUCAAACCACCCAACCCUAGACACAAUACUCCUCAACGCAGGCAUCCAGCGCAGCAUAGACUUCGCCUCCCCCUCCAGCAUCUCCCUCCCGGCCGUCUCAGCAGAGCUCACAACAAACUACCUGGCCCCAAUCCACCUCAUCACCCACUUCCUCCCACACCUACAAUCUCUCAACAGCAGCACCACCACCACACGAACAACACCAACAACGGCAUCCAUAAUCCUCAUCUCCUCAGGCCUAGCCCUCGUCCCAAUCCCCCGCUGCCCAAACUACUGCGCCACAAAAUCCGCCCUCCACUCCCUCGCCUGGUCCCUCCGCGCCCAGCUGCAGUCGAGCCCGUCCUCCUCCCACAUCCGCGUCGUCGAGGUCGUCCCGCCCGCCGUGCAGACGGAGUUGCACUGCCAGCAGCCGGACCUCGUCGCGGCGGGCCAGGCCAACUUUGGCAUGCCUCUGGACGAGUUCACCGAUGAGACCUGGGCCGCGCUCGAAAAGGGGGAAGAUGACGAGAUCAUUGUCGGGCCGGCCAAGAAUUUUGCGCAUGUCGAUAGGGAUAGGAAAAAGAUGUUUGACAAACUGGCAGAAUCAUUCAAAGCCGGCAACAAGGCGUAA